AUGCCGCUAGCCAACGACGUGUACGAGGUCUUCGCGUUCCCACCCGACGCAACUCCCAGCCAGUGGGCUGAUAGCAUCGACUCCCACACUCGCGCUGAGGUCUUUACCAAGGUGCGCGAGCUUGUCGACGCUGGAUCGGACCGUGAAGCACUCUUCUACGUGCUUGACCUGGUCCCAGAGGGCUACAACAAGCUCUCCGCCAUCUCGUUCGGCGUGCCCCUCCAGUCCACCACGACCCUCCGCCUGUUCGACGUUGCCUUUGUGCGACUUUGCUACGACGCCUACUGCCAUUACAAGCUUCCCGAAGACGAUCCUUGCUAUAUCCAGUACCUGCCCCUUGUGACCGGGUUCUCGGUGAACGAGCGCAAGGUCGUCAUGGAGCGCAUUGUCAACAUUAUCGCCACCUACUUCAAAGGCAAGGUCCCGUUUACGUUCCCUCACGUGCGCCAGGUCUACGACCACCUCCACUCAGACCGUCGGUUUUACAUCCACGACGACGCCCCGCUGGCUCGGGACCGAGCACCGCUGUUUGACCUCAAGCCGCUUCUCUCGCCUGGGGUGAUUGACGAAAAGGUUUUCAGGCUGCAGAGGCUUCAGGACAUCGUUCUUGAUCGGUGGGCGCAGCUCAACGGGGGUCCAACGCCUUCGUUCCACGUUCCAACACGCACUGUCUAUGGCGUGCGAGGUUACAACGACUUAAUGCCUGUUGGCCAUGGAGGUGUCAAGGUGUUGGAGGAGUUAGACGACAAAGAAUUACAAGCUAUUGUUCGUUACGCCGGUGACAUCCAGAGGCGGAAUCGCGCCAUUGAGUCCGUCCUGUCCGAGGUGCUGGCCACAAAGGGCGUUGUCCAGAACUACUCUGGUUUGCGCGGCCACGAACUCAACCUUAGCGGCAAGCAGGGGCCCAACAAGAAGGAUAACGGUGACCACAAGAACAAGAUGGGACAGUCGUACGAGGUCGCGGUCGAACUUCGGCACCUCUGGAACGCCGACGAGAGCGCCAGCGAGUACGCUCGUGUAGAUUCUCGCGCUCGCAACGACCCCCGCAUCAGCACCACAUUCGAGGAUUUCAACGACUGGAUCGACGAGCUUGGAGAAAUCCACGAAACGUUGCAGUCUUGGUCGGAAGAGGGCGAUCAGGUUGGCUGCAUCAUAAAUGGCUGCCAUUUCACCCGCGACUCGAUGAAGACCCACGGCCUUUCCCCUGGCUCGUGGUUUAAGACCAACCUCCCCUCACUCGCCCACGAGAAGUUGACGACCACUCGUCUCUUGUGCACUCGCCACUUCCAGCUGGCCACCUACCUGGCUAAGGCCUGGAAUCUGAACGAUCUCCUCAUCCGGAUCUUCCUCGAGGACGACGACGAGCUGCAAAUGAUGGCGCGCUACGGGCAUUGUGCUCAGUCGACGUGCAACAACUACGGCGUCGUCAUGCCGCUGAUGGGGGACCCCCUCCACGUGCUCGGAUGGGUAUGCCGUUCCUGCAACGAGGCGCGGCAGAAGCGCAAGGAGCGACUCGAAAUCUUGGGCAAGAAGGCGUUAUCGCGCGGGGCCCUUCAUCGCCCGCCAGACUCCCUCAAUGACAAUUUGGUUGUUUGUCAGGCCAACGAGACGUGUCUCAACCCCUGCGUCCGCGGCGAGAAACGCUCCGUGUCUCAUGAUUAUGGGCAAUGGGGCUACGUCUGCAAGAAGGACAACAACAUCGUUUCCUGCUGUCGCCAGCAUUUUAUCGACAGCGGUGGCGUAGCUUCUCGCGACGUCGUGACCGUCCUUGGCACAACGAUCGACCGAGCAGUGCUCAAUCGCACCGCGCUAGACCUCUUGCGCCAGUUCAUGCUCAGCAAGGACAGCGAUGCUCUGUGGCGUGAUACUCUCGUCAAGGCACGACACUUGGCGCUGGUGCUCUACAAGCGCCCUGUCACGGUGGGCUUUGCAAGGAUGAUGCUGGUGCGCGCGCUCGAGGAUGCGGACAAAGUGGGCCUUGCUGCGUGGUUUAAAAACCUGGCCGAUGGUGCCGAGCAGGCGAGGUAG